AUGAAGCUGUACUCAACUUUCGCUGCAGGCAUUCUUUUGCCAUGCUUUGCCCACUUAAUAGCAGCAGCUCCGGCACAGAAAAGCGCAGCACUAGUUGCUUGCGUCAAGCGCGCCCUGAUUGGCGAAAACGUUGAGAGCAGAAUCGUCACCCCAUCGAACGAUACCUACACAGCUGCCUCUUCAGGUGACGUUCUUUUCGCGGAGUAUCCUGCUGUCAUCGCAUACGCUACGUCCAUUGAUGAGAUUAGCCCUCUCGUCCAAUGCGGAACUUCUACUGGCUUCAAAGUCACACCCCGCUCUGGCGGCCAUCACUUUGAGAAUUGGUCUGCUUUGAAUGGAACACUUGUGGUUGACACAUCACACAUCAACUACGUCAAACCAUCCGAGGAUUAUUCAACAGUUACAGUGGCCGCUGGAGCGAAACUUGGACAAAUUUAUGAGACAAUGGACCCGACUGGCCAUACUGUGAACGGCGGUAUCUGUCCUACAGUCGCCCUGGGAGGAUACUUAGGAGUCGGUGGCUACAGCAUGCAGAUGAGGCUGCAUGGAAUGGCCGUCGAUCAUGUCCAAUCAAUCAAAGCGGUCCUGGCCGAUGGCUCCCUGGUCACAGCGUCUGCGACAGAGAACCCGGAUCUUUUUUGGGCCAUGCGAGGGGGCGGCAUGUAUGGAUUCGCGGUAGAAGCCACAAUCAACACAAUCGAAAUCCCGAGAUCCGCCAUGGUCUGGAUGAACUUCACCGCACCUACACGCCCCGAAGCUACUCAAAAGUAUCUCGAUUGGGCGGCCAAGCAAGAUCCUUACUUCACCUCCCAGCUCAACCUCUACGGCGACCACGCCCAGAUCUCAGGCUGGUACAUUGGCAAGACGGCUCAGGAACUGACUACUAUCGUCAAAGCCUCCGGUCUGUUGGACGUCCCUGAUGUCUUUUAUAGGAUCUCAGCCAACUGUAGCACCCAGAAUUCACGCAAUUUCUGGGAAAACACCCAAAUCGAAUGCACAGACGAUGCCACCGCCCAUGAGGUCUUCAAUACCCAGUACAAUGUGGUGCCUGACGACUUUUCCGCCGUCCCGGGUGCGCCAGCGCAGUUUGGCUUCGACGACGUCCCCGUCUUGCCCAACGAGACCAAGGCUACACCAUGGCCGCGCGUUGCCAUCAUCAACAAGACCUUGUUCGUGACCAAAUCGAAGCCACUCACGUCAGAGACGAUCCAGUACAUCGUCGAAAAGUCGGGCGCCCUGCCCGCGGAGCUCGGCUUCUGGACCGAGAUGACGAGUUGGAACAUUUCGACCCCGGCAACGAGUGCGUUCGCAUGGCAAGCAGAAGCCGAAUACCUCUUCCGGUUCGAGGUCACGAGGUCGUCGAACGCGACCCUCGAAGCCAUCGGGCAGAACUUCAUGGAUGAUCUGGAGGCCUACCUUGUCCCGAGGAUUGGCACCGCCAGCUACGCAGGCUACAUGGACGCCCACAUCAAUUCCAACCCGUACGAAGCCUACUGGGGCGACAACGUUUGCAGGCUUUCGUCGGUCAAGAAGCAAUACGACCCCACGAACUUCUUCUCGAAUCCCUUCUCCAUCCCGCCGACGACGCCCAAAGGCGUCAGUUGUUGA